CGCGGCGGGCGGACGAGAAUCGAGGCCGGUGCGUGGGCCGCCCCCCGCCCGCGCCAGGUGCCGCUCCGACCGCGCCGCUCUCAUGAGCCUUCCCGUGGAUUUGCGCGCCUGAAAUUCGGUGGUUCUGUCGUAUUUUUGUGAAUCAGUGAGGUUUCCGGCGCGAUUACGGUGCGGCACAAACGAGCGGUGGAGCUCAGUGUUUUGUGUGGGGCCAAUCGGCCCGAGUGCCCUUGUGUAGCGAUGUGUGUAGGAGACAUAUGACGUGGAACGUCUCCGUGGGGACGAUGAGGGAACAGGAAGGCGACGGCCCAGAGAGCCGUUAGCCGGACUCGAUGGACGAGUAUGGCGGGCCGGCGGCGCCGCCCCGGCCGCCCAAGCCGGCGGCGCGCGUGCACCGCGCGGGCGCGAGCGGCGCGCGCCAGCCCGCCGUGUCGCUGCUGCGGCCACGGCCCGAGGCUGAGCGUGAGCGCAACGCCUAUGUGGAGGCGCCACGCCGCGCGCCGCCCUCCCACGCGCACGCUCACGCGCACUCGGCAGCGCAGCCGCUCAAGCCGGUGACGGCGCAGCCGGCCUCCGCCGCCGCCGACAAGCGGCGCGCCGCUGCGCUCGCGGCCGACUCCAUAGUGUGCGAGAGCUGCGGGCGCUGCCGCUGCGAGCAGUGCGCGCGGCCCCGCCCGCUGCCCUCGCGCUGGCUGUGCGGCUCGUGCCUGUGCAGCGCCGAGGCGUGCGUCGACUACGCGUCGUGCAUGUGCUGCGCCAAGGCGCUGUUCUACCACUGCGGGAGCGGCGAGGAGGAGGCGGGCGAGCCGUGCGCGUGCGGGCCGCGCCUGGCGUGCGUGGCCGCGCUGGCGGUGCCGCUGCCGUGCCUGUGGCUGUACUGGCCGCUGCGCGCGUGCGCGGCGGCGGGCGCGGCGGCGUACGGCCGCUGCCGCCGCUCCGGCUGCCGCUGCCCCGAGCGGCCGCCGCUCUCCAGUAUUAUCUAGUCCCGCCGCGAGCCCCCCGCCGGCAUCGCGUUGUACAAAUAUUUAUUCGCGAGCGCAAGGCCCGGGCCGCGCGGGGCCGGACUCAGUGAGUGUGUGUGCGCGCGGGGCCCAGGACGAAGCCCCUCGCCGAGUGAUCGUAAACGAGUACUUGUAAAUAUAGUCGUAUAGUGUGAAUGUACGUGAACGUGUCGCCCGAACGCCGAGUCUCAAAUUUUCUUGAGACCGAAACGUGUCAUAAGAAAACGCUAACAUUAGUAUUUUGGAUUCCACACAAAUCCAGAGAAGAUUAAGAAAUGAGAUAUAAAACAUACUUAUUAAGAUGUAGAUAAUUUACCAUUUAUUUAUUAACUGAAUUUGUAUUUAUUUGUAAAUAAAACGACAACAUUAUAUUAUAAAUACGAAUG